AUGGCGGCGGGGGCGGUUGGGGCGGCGGCGGCGGUGGCGGAGGUCGGCUCUGCCCGGCAGUUUGAGGAGCUGCUGCGCCUCAAAGCCAAGUCCCUCGUCGUGGUCCACUUCUGGGCGCCAUGGGCUCCGCAGUGCGCUCAAAUGAACGACGUGAUGGCAGAGCUGGCCAAGGAGCACCCCCAGGUGUCCUUUGUGAAGUUGGAAGCCGAAGCUGUUCCUGAAGUAUCUGAAAAAUAUGAAAUUAGUUCUGUUCCCACGUUUCUGUUUUUCAAGAAUUCUCAGAAAAUUGACCAGUUAGACGGUGCCCAUGCCCCAGAGUUGACCAAAAAAGUCCAGCGACACUCAUCUGUGGGCGCCUUCCCACCCAGUGGGACUGAGCACCCCAAGGAAGACCUCAACCUCCGCCUGAAGAAGUUAAUCCACGCCGCCCCCUGCAUGCUGUUCAUGAAGGGGACGCCGCAGGAGCCGCGCUGUGGUUUCAGCAAGCAGAUGGUGGAAAUUCUCAACAAACACAAUAUUCAGUUUAGCAGUUUUGAUAUCUUCUCAGAUGAAGAAGUUCGUCAGGGCCUCAAAACCUACUCCAACUGGCCCACUUAUCCCCAGCUCUACGUGUCUGGCGAACUCAUAGGCGGACUGGACAUCGUGAAGGAGCUGGAAGCAUCUGAAGAACUAGAUACAAUUUGCCCCAAAGCCCCCAAAUUAGAGGAAAGGCUCAAAGUACUGACGAAUAAAGCUGCUGUGAUGCUCUUUAUGAAAGGAAACAAGCAGGAAGCCAAGUGUGGAUUCAGCAAACAGAUUCUGGAAAUACUAAAUAGUACUGGUGUUGACUAUGAGACAUUUGACAUUCUGGAGGAUGAGGAGGUGCGGCAGGGCCUGAAGACCUUCUCCAACUGGCCCACGUACCCGCAGCUGUACGUGAAGGGGGAGCUGGUCGGGGGCCUGGACAUCGUUAAGGAACUGAAAGAGAACGGUGAGCUGCUGCCCACACUGAAAGGAGGAAAUUAG